UUGUUAAGCAGGUUAUAACAUUCAUUAUCUACCCUUUCCUAAAAACCUUUAGGACGAUAUAUAUACAAUUGACAUCAGUGCACAAGUCAAAAUGUUUGCCAAAAGUACCACUCUGAAAACAAUUAAAACAACAAUAAAAUGUGCCCUAUAUUCCACAAAGCCCAGUUAUAUUCACAAACUUGGUGACCAACCUUUGAAAUAUAUCACAAUCGGGCAACUUUUACAAGAAACAGCUUCCAAAUUUGGCGACCGAAAAGCCGUUAUUUCAGUACAUCAGAACGAAUUUCUCACGUUUUCUGAGCUUCUACAAAAAGCUGAUAAAUUGGCAGCGACUUUAAAAAAUUUAAAUUUAGAAAAAGGUGAUCGCUUGGGACUCUGGGUUCCUAAUUUGGUUGAAUGGUACGUCACGAAAAUGGCAAGUGCAAGGGCUGGUUUGAUUACGGUGUGCUUAAACCCUGUUCUUGAAGCUCCGGAAAUAGAGUACUGUGUUAAUAAAACGGGAAUAAAGGCUUUAGUGUGUGCUGAUGAAUUUAAGCACCACGAUUAUUACGAAUCUCUGUUGAGUAUAGCCCCAGAAUUGGAAAAUUGUGACCCUGGAAAGCUUAAAAGCACGAAAGUACCGUCACUUAAAACCGUGAUUCGCAUUGGCGAGGAAAAUAAACGCGGUACUUACAAUUUUGGCGAAAUUUUGGACCGUGCGAAUAGUAGUGAAGUUGCCAAUAUAGCGAAAUUGCAACACAUGAUUAGUCCAGAUGAUGGCUGCAGCCUCUAUUUCACUUCAGGUACUACCGGAAAACCCAAAGUUGCUUUAACCACCCACUUCAAACUGGUAAACAGUGCAUUCUUCACAGGAAAGCGGCUACAAUUAUCGUCCAAACACCAUAAACUAUGUGCACAGGUACCACUUUUCCAUAUUUAUGGUACUGUCGUUGGCAUUAUGGCUGCGUUAAAUCACGCUAGUACUAUAGUUUUGCCAACAAACGGGUACCAACCCAGUAAAACUUUGGACGCAAUCAAAAACGAAAAGUGUACGGUGAUCUAUGGAACCCCCACGAUGUAUACUGACUUAAUUCAAAUUCAAGAAAAACGUACAGAUCCUAUAGCUGCAGAGAUAGCUGUGAUAGGUGGUGCUCCAGUCACACCAUAUUUGAUUCAACAGAUCUCAGAAACUUUAAAUGUGACUAAAGUUCAUCCGAUGUAUGGGAUAACAGAAUGUAGUGGAGCAGUGUUCGAAUCAGUACCAACUGAGUCUGAAACGAAUCACGCACCUGUGGAAUACGUAGAAGACCAUUUCGAAGUUAAAGUAAUUAAUGAAAGUGGUGGUGUGGUACCUUUCGGUACUGCUGGUGAACUGUGCGUGAAAAGUUACAGUACCAUGGUAGGUUAUUGGGAAGACGAAGAAAAAACCAACGAAAUAUUAGGGAGAGAUGGUUGGCUCAAAACUGGGUCUGUUUCGUUUCUCAAUUGUAUUGUAAUUAAAGUUUGCUUUAUUAGAGACCAGUUCAUUCUGGAGGAAGAUGGAAGCGGGAGAGUUGUAGGGAGAUUAAAAGAUGUGAUCAUUCGUGGAGGACAAAAUAUUUUUCCCAAAGAAAUCGAAGAAUUUUUGGUCACACAUCCGAAUAUUCUAGAUGUACAAGUAAUAGGUACACCACAUACAAGGCUGGGGGAGGAAGUUUGUGCCUGUAUAACAAUUAAACCCCAGUCACAUUUAACACUAGAAGACAUCGCAACUUUCUGUAAAGGAAAACUGGCGUAUUUUAAAAUUCCCUCAAGAAUGGAAAUCUUCGAUAAUUUUCCUAAAACGGUUUCAGGGAAAAUUCAGAAAUUCAAGCUUAAAGAAAUCCUAUCAGAAAAAAAUCUUUGAAGAUAGACACUUUUGGUUUUGUUAAAUUUUCUGUUAGCAAAAUAUUCGUUAAUAAAAAUGUAAAAAUUG